AAAAUAUUUGGUUGGUAUUUGAUUGAGUGAGUUGGGUUAUGUUGGUUUGAAAGGUUAGAAAAAUAUCCAAAAAUGUUUCGAAAAUCAAUUCAAAUAUUACAUCCAACGUAUAAAACAAACAGAUUUUUGUUCGUUAUCCGAAAUAAAGCAUCCAAUGUUGACAUAGAAAAAUUGGAAAAGGAUUCAACAAUAGCGGACAUUAGCGUUAUUGAUGAGGAAUUGAAAGCUCGGGAGGAGGAACUUGAACGCAAACGGAACAAAUCCAGAUUAAAAGAUUCAGAUCGCAACAUGUUAUUUGAGAAAAAUCCAUACUCUGAACCUGCACAUUGGAAUCACGGCACUUUGAAAUAUAUGCGCCGAUUGUAUGGCAGAUAUGGUGCAGCGAGUGGUGUCAACCCAUCAAUAUGUUGGCCAGUGAAAGAAGAAUUGGAAAAUGCAAAAGAAUAUGAACGUGUGGCAUAUCCAUACACCAUUCCUCAAAUUGUAGAAGAAGCUCAAAAAAGAAGACACGAAAAGAAUGAAAAGAUUAGGUUGAGGCAAGAAGAAAUCGUCAAGAAAAUGGAAAAAUUAGAGCAGAUGAAGCAAGACUUGUACAACAGGAUACGCACUAAAGAAAAGGAGGCCUCAGCUGCGAAGGAACGCAAAGAACGUCUCAUUGAGGAAGUGCGCAUGCACUUUGGCUACACAGUUGACCCAAGAGAUGAGAAAUUUAAGGAAUUGUUAGAGAAGAAAGAGAAAGAACAGAAGAAAGCGAUGAAAGAGGCUAAACGUAAAGCACGUGAAGAAAGCAUGGUGACAAAAAUGUUGUCUAAAAAGGAUGCGAAGAAAGAAAAGAAAGAAGACACGGAAAUAGAGUAAUUUUUUAAUUUCUCUAUUAGUAAAUAAAUAAAUUUAUGUAACA